UCGAAUUUUCUGAAGUUGUGUGUGUGUUUACCCUAAUUCUCAUCAAAGGAAACUAAAAAGCUUCUUCUUCUACUUUUUUCUUCUCUCUGCAGUAAAACAAACAAAACAACGUACAACAAUGGUUUCUUCUUCUUCUUCUUCUUCUUCAAUGUUGGCUUCUUCUUCUUCUUCAAUGUUGUCGGUGAGGAACCGCAAGUGUUUCAAGCCCUCGCUCUCUUCCGUAUCAAAGAAGACAACAAAUCUUGCUUCGAGAGAGAAGACCAUGUUUAAGAAAGCCUCCGAGCUUUCGAUCCUUUGUGAUGUCGAACUCUGUGUUAUAUACUACAACCGCGACGGAGAUCUCGUCGGGACAUGGCCGGAAGAUCAAUCCAAGGUUCGAGACAUGGCAGAGAGAUACAGCAAACUCAACGAUAGCGAGAGACGCAAGAAAAGCACAAACCUUUCUCAGUUUCUGAAUAAGAAGACCGACAAGAUGACAUCUUUAGAUAUCAAUGACAAGAGAUUCUCUGAGAAACUUUUGGAGAUGGAGGCUUCGUUAGAGAGUAAUCUACGGGUGUUUCAAGAUAACCUUCUUCGGGUGUUACAGAACCAGACAGAACAACCCGAUCAGAACCCUUUGGUGUCUUCCGCCGGCUUCUUCACAACAGAUCCAUCAUUGAUGAGCGGUGGUGUGUCAGAAACAGAGCAAAACCUAUCGACGCCAUCGUUGACUCAACAACAUCAGAGCAAAGUUUCACUCUUUCUCUAUAACCAUGACAACGGUAGCUUCUGUCAACUCCCUGACUCUGUUUCUACCUUUGACCCAUCGAUGAGUUCGGCUUCACUUGGGGCACAAGGCUCGUUUCUAACAAGUAACAACUUUGAUCUUCCCAUUCCCAUGGUCUUUCCUCCUCUGAUGCAGACACAAACCCCACCACUUGUCCACUUUGAUGAUCAGUUUGCGGACUGGAAUCAGACUCCGUAUUUUGCAGAUCCAAUGAUGUUCUCUUCUUGUGUAUGAUUACGACGAAGUUAGAUUA